AGGAUCUCGGGGCUGAGUACGACCGGGAGCUCUUUGUGAUUUCUGUGAUCGGCAUUCAGAGCUCGGCCAAGAGCACCUUGAUGAACUUCCUCUUCGGCUGCGGCUUCGCCACCUCCGCUGGCCGCUGCACUCGAGGCCUCUAUUGCUCCCUCAUGGAGUGCGACGGGCGCACGCUGCUGAUCUUAGACACCGAGGGCCUCAUGAGCUUGGAGGCGGAGGGCGGCGGCGUCUUCGACGCCCAGCUGGCGCUCAUGGCCAUGGCCUGCUCUCAUUUGGUCAUCAUCAAUCACAAGGGCGAGCUUUCUCGGCAGCUCCAAGACUUGCUGGAGGUCUGCUUGUUCGCCAUGCAGCACCUGAAGGUCUGCCGGAUUCAGCCCAAGCUGCUCUUUGUCCUCCGCGAUCAGCAUGAUAGGUCCCAAGGGGUGCACGGCGACGCGCUGCGGCUCAUGCGGAAGCACCUGGCGGAGGCCUCCAUGUCGCUGUCCCUGCGUCUGGAGGAGCUCAUCUCACUGGACCCUGGCAGCGUCUUCCUGCUGCCUUCCGCCUUCGCCAGCGACUUGGAGCCUCACACGGGACGGGAGGUGCGGUGGUCCACGGAGCUCUUCGCCCAGGAGGCCCUGAAGCUGCGCCGGAAGAUCUUCAAAGAGGCGGAGAACCACUCCUGUGGAGAGGCCCCGGAGUUCUCCACCUUGCCGGACUGGUGCUUGCACGCCAUGUCGGUGUGGCGUGUCCUGGAUCGAUACGGUCCCAACUUGCUGCACUACAAAACCAUCCAAGAGAUCGAGAUGCAGCGAGAGCUCGAGGAGUCGGCCAAGCAGAUCUCCGCACAGCUGGUGCGGGGCAAGGGCGGCCUGGCGGAGGAGUGCCAGGCGCUGCUGGCCACCUUUAAGAAGCGCCUCAGCGAGGAGAGUGGGGACAAGGUGGACAGCGAGUUCAGGUCUUCCCUGCAAGCGAUCCUCGAGAGCUUCGACAAGCGCGCCAAAGCGGAGCUGGAGCGCACGCUCAAGGCCAGACGCUCCAAGCUGCCUGAAGCGCAGAAGGAGGAGGCAAAGAAGAAGCUAUCAACUCCUAUCGAGUACCAGGGGGAGCUGACGCGGUACACCUGGUCUCUGUGCCUGGCCGAUGCGGUGGACCGAGACCAGCUGAGAGCGCUGAAGGUGCACUUCAAGAAUACCAUCGAGCAGCUGUGGCAGGCGGAGGCUUCGCAGAGCAUCGCGGAGCAGCAAGCACGAGAGCUCUUCCAGAACGAGUGGGAAGCCUUUGAGGAAGAGUGUCGAGGCCGUUUCGCGCGGACCUCCAAGAACAAGCGGCAGCUCGCCGAGGAGGUGUGCAUGGUCUUCAACCACGUGCUGCGGCAACAUCGGCACGGCGACGAGGCCCUGCACGUCCUGGAGCUGGUGCCCGCGGCGGUGCUGCUGAAGACGGAGCCCUUCUUGGAGCUUCAGCCCGAGAAGGUGGCCGAGUAUCUGGAGCUCCGGAACGCGGCCAGGUUGCGAGACUUCGUUUCGGCGCAGCGCACGGAGAAGGGGCAUGCGCCCAGGAACGCUUCGGAGAGCGACAUGUUGUGCUCCUUCGUGGUGCCAGAGCUGCAGCGGCGGCUGGCCACGGUGUUGAACAUGGAGGUGGACACCCAGAUGCCCUCGGAGGAGAAGGUCCUAGACGCGAUGCAGCGCCUCAACGAUGCCUUGGAGGUGGAAGAGAGCAGGUUCUUGAGCCAGCUGGGCCUCCGUCUCCGGGGUGGGCGCGUGGCGCUUUUGAACACCCUCCAGCUGGGCUUGAGGCAGAGGGUGCUGGCAAAGCUGUUAGAAGCCGAGGCCGAGCGAGCAGAUCAUCAAUGGAAGGUGCUCCAAUCGCACCGUGAACAUACGGAAGCCGAGUUCAUUGAGAUGGUGCAGCGCCGCACCAGCGAUUCUGGGCGCGCCCGCAUGCUGGCCGAGCUCUUCUUUGACUCCCUGGCGCGGGAGUGGCUGGAUGAAACGCUUCUGGCGGUCGCAGCCCACAUCCGCAGCCAGUGCUUGGCAGACAUGCCGGAUGCGUCAGGGGCGACGGAGCGGGCGUACCAGCAGGCCUUCAUCGAGAGGAACUGGGAAGAAGUCAUGGAGUACGUGCUGGAUGUGAAUGCCUACCUCCACAAGAUCUUCGCCAGCUUGUUCGAGGAUCGGAAGGUCGCCAUCACCCGCGUGCAGCGCCCGCAGAUCUCUGCUCAGUUGGGCGGCUUCUUCGACGCCCUCGUGGGCGCGGUGAAUCUUUGGGGCGGCCGCGAGACGGGGCGUCGGAAGCUCUCCAACUUCCAGCACUUCCUGCGGAAUCUCGCGGCGGAGGCGCGUGCUGGCCACAGAGAUUCCGGAAAGGCCUGGCCUCUGCUCUCAGAGCGCUUCCCCGUGGUGGCGGACUUCGAGGUGGCGGAUCCUGGGCACUUUGCACACGAGUUCGAAGUGCAAAUGGCGGCUCUGCUGGGGGAGGCGCGGGUGGAGGGCUGGGUGGCGCAGAAGUUGGAGGCGGCGCUGCAGCUGCAGCAGGCGCAGGUCUGGGCCUUGAUCAAGGGCUGCAGCGCCAUCUGCCCGUGCUGCGGCUCCAAAUGCGACCGGGUGGACCACCACACGGCCCACCGCUGCGGUCAUCACCUGCUGCCGGCCUUCAACGGCUGGCGGGUGGCCGGCACCUGCGAGGCUGCAUUGGACACCUGUAAGAGCUCCAAGAAUCACGAGGCUGGAGAGUCCCAGUGUUGA